UAUCUAAAACAGUGGAUUCAUUUCUUGAUCGAUUCAUUGAAGAGCAAGAACAAUGACGAGAACGACUUUUUGCAUGCUGUCCUUCAACUUCAAGAGGAUAACCAGCUUGGUAUGGAGCUCACUCAAGACAGCCUCAAAACAAUCUUAUUGGGGAAUUGCUUAUAGCAGGCACAGAUUAACUACAGAAUGGGUAAUGGCUGAAUUGUUGAAGAAUCCAAACAUCAUGAGAAAGAUGCAAUUAGAGGUACGAGAAGUGACAGGGAACAAGACGAAGAUAGAUGCCAGUGACAGCAACAAGAUGAAAUACUUGAAAUGUGUCAUCAAAGAAACUCUGAGAUUGCAUCCACCUUUUCCUUUCUUAGCGCCUAGAGAAGCAUCUGCAAGUGUUAAAGUUGGAGGUUACGACAUUCCUCCCAAAACCAAAGUUUUUAUCAACAUUUGGACAAUACAAAGGGAUCCCAAAUCAUGGGAAAGGCCAGGGGAGUUCUACCCAGAAAGAUUUGAGAAUAACCCAAUUGAUUAUAGAGGUGGUGAUCACCAAUUCCUUCCAUUUGGGAGUGGAAGAGUUUGCCCUGGGAUCUUAUUUGGGAUUGCUUUAGUUGAAUACUUGAUUGCCAACGUUUUGUGUUGGUUUGAUUGGAAAUUGCCGGUUGGAACGGUUGAAGAGUCGUUAGACAUGAAUUAAACUUUGGGGCCUACUCUUCAUAAGAAAGUCCCUCUCCACGCUGUACCAAUACCAUUCUGCCCUUAACGUGGUUACUCUUGCAUUUUGUAUCUAAUUAAUAAGGUGUAUGAGACAUG